AUGGACUCAUCAGACUAUUUGAUACGUUACAUGAAUAAUCUGAUUGAGCAAUAUGAUCAUUCUUCACCUAUAAUGUUUCUGAGAUUAAACCAUAUCAGAUUGCUGUCUCCAGAGAAGUCGGGAGAGAUACUCAAGUUUAUUUUACUGAUAGCUGGUAAACAUGAGUUUUUACCUCCUUUCAUCCUGGAGUUGCAACGAUAUGUGGGUCCUGAGGAUGAGGAAAAGUUUAAACAAGUAAUGAACAAAAUUAACGGUAAUUCUGAUCUUUUGGUUCAGCUGGAUAGAAAAAUUGAGAGAUACGAGACCAAUGUCUCUGGUUUGAAUAGUUUUUUAAACUUGAGAGAGCUUAUCUUGAAGCGUGAUUAUUUAACGAGUAUUAUGGCGAUCAACGCGGAAUCAUAUCUUUUAUCAGGGCUAAUCUCAUCUUAUAACACCCGUUUAUGGAAAGAAUUCGUGGCACAGGACCUGGAGGCUUUCAUACUCUUUUUCACUUAUCAAGGGAAGAUCAGCAAAUAUAUCCCAUUUGUCACCAAAAAGCUCACUGCUGCAAAGUAUACCCUUUUGGAGGUCCCCAGUACUGAUACAAUAGAUGAGGAAGACGAUAGUGAAGACACCAGCUCAGGAAAGACGGAACAACUUUAUAUGAGCGAUUCAAGACCGUUCAAAAAGUCUCAGCAAACGGAGACAAUAGCAUAUUGGAGGUGUAGAUGGCUAUUAUCGUUUAUCUAUUUUUCCAACCAGGAUUAUAUUGACUGUUGCAAAAAUUUUGUUGAUAUGCUGCAAUCAGAACCACUUCAAGGAAUAUCAGCAAUUGAAGUGUUUAACGACCAUUGGCAAAAUGACAUUGUAUCCAAGAAUGACGUUUUACAGAUGAUCAUUCUAUCCAUGCUUGUAGCGCAGCCCAUUAAUGAAAUCUUUGAUGUGAUUUCCAUGGAUAAAUUCCAAUUAGUGUUCUCUAAGCAACCAGAGCUUCAUAAUUUCUUGGAGCAUUUCACCAACGCUGCAUUCCAAUCAUGCAAUAAGAUAUGGUCUGAAGAGUGGUUACGCUAUUUUCAGUUAGAUCUUUUCAUUUCCAAGAAAAUUGAUAGACUCAGCCUGUUGUUUCGAUUUCGUCAGUAUCUGAUAUAUCUAUCCAUGGUUCAAAGAGCCUCAACGCUCCAUCUUGCGACAAGGUUGGCUAUAGACGAACCUCAACUGAAGCUGGAAAUUUUACAACUGAUUCAUCUUCUUGGACUGAAUUUCCAGUUUGAUUAUGAAACUUCAACAAUCUCCUACGUUUGCAUCGAAAACCAAAAUCAGAAUGAAUUGUUGGAGGAACUAAUAAAGACGACGAACGAAAUUGAUGACGACCUACGAGGAGUAGAAGUUGGUACCAUGGUUUACAAUUCUUUACCAUUAUGA